CAAUCAUCAACAGCACUACUCUAUUCUAAAAUACAACUCAUCUAUUACUCAACUACUGAGUCUUAUCUAUUCUACUCUUCAAAUCUUCUCCAAGACACCACCGCAACAAUGCAGUUCUCAUCAACCCUCAUCGCUUUCGUUUCCCUCCUCGCGGCUGCCCUCCCAGCAGCAACAGCCUCUCCAAUUGAAACUCGCGAUCCACCCGUCCCAUCUAAAGGGACAUACCUCCUCGGCGGAUGCCAAACCGGCAGAUCUUCAUAUGGCUACUCCAACUUCUGCCCCACCGAUUUCGCUGGGCCCGAUUACCCACAGGAUUACUACCAGACUCCCUGUGACCCUGCUGCUCAGUGCACCAAUACUGGCAACCACUGCACAUGGAUGGUUGGCAAUGAGUAUGCUAACUGCACUUAAAUGCUUGUUCCUGAGAUGGAGUAGAGUGGCGUGCAGGCAGUGGAGGCAUGGUUUGGUGUUUGGUGGCAUAGUAUGGCAGGCUUUACUCUCCUUUAGUAAUAGCUUUGGGGUUUUUAAGAUUGGGUAAAUUUAGCGGCAUUGUAUUCGGUCUGUUCUAAUUUACUCACCAAAGGUCGAUUUGACUAAUAAAUUAAAUUUGUUUGCCAAUAAUUUUUAUUUAGUUAGUAUAGCAAGAUACUUAAUAAAGCAGC